GACGGAAAUGGAGGGGUCUGCGCGCACCCGCUCGGCCCCGGCCCGGCGGCGGCUGGAGAGGGCCUUGGGCGCGGUGCCGGGGGCGGUGGUCGCCGGGGAGGUGGAGACUGGGGCUCCGACCCGCCGCGGCGGCCCGCUGACCCCGCCGUGUGUGUGUGUGUGCGCCCGCGCAGGGAGGCAUGGAGAACUGCUUGGCGGCCGCGGCGCUGAACGGGGUGGACCGACGCGCCCUGCAGCGCACGGCUAGGCUGGGGCGGGAAGUGCUGGAGCGCGCCAGGACGAGGGCGGCGGACUGGCGUCCGCGGGAGCUUCCCCGAAGCAGCGUGGGGGGCGCUUCCCGGGAGCGGCCCGCGGCCGGCCCCCAGCGCCUCCUGCCGGGACAGAGAGAAGAAAGACAACCAACCCUCAGUGCUUCCUUCAGGACAAUGGCAGCAUUCAUGGACUAUACCUCAAGUCAGUGUGGGAAAUAUUAUUCAUCUGUGCUGGAGGAAGGAGGGGCAGCCCACGUCUCUCGUUAUCACAGAGGGAAGUCAACGGUGCAUUUGUGCUGGGACAUGGGGAAUGGCCAGAAAAAGGAAACCUCCCUCGAUCUUGGAGGCAUCUCUCAAGCGUCGGAGUGCGCUCUAGCAGCAUCCCAGCCUAGCCUGACCAUGAAAGACGUACGCUUAUCCAAGAAACCGUACUGUUGGCCACAUACAGCUGGGGCGUGGCAGGUACGACAGGGCCACCCUGAGGAGUGUCCUGGGAAAUGUGAGGAACUUGCCUCUGGAGCAGCCUUUCUCUGAGCCCGGUAAUAAAAGCCAUCUGGUCCCCUUCUCGCCAGGACCCAUGUGUCAGCAGCAUCUCCAACUCUUCCCAACCAGCCAGGCCCCUGCCAUGCUGAGUCAGCAAUGUGGAGACAUGGUUGGUAAGAUACAUAUCUGGGAAAAAGCAAAUAGAAUUAGGGAGUGGAGAAAACCGAGCCCUAAAAACAUCAAGAAACACAUUUCACGGGACACCUGGGUCACUUAGUGGUUGAGCAUCUGCCUAUGACUCAGGUCGUGAUCCCAGAGUCCUGGGAUCAAGUCCCCAUUAGGCUCCUUGAGGGGAGCCUGCUUCUCCCUCUGCCUAUGUCUCUGCCUCU